UGGGAUGACAGGCGUGAGCCACCUUGCCCGGUCAGUAGCCCACUUCUUUUUGUGUGUGUGUGUGCCAACUUGAUGACUAGUACAUGUGGUAGUAGCCCACUUCUUAUCACUUCCCUCCCAUCCCGGUCUGGCUCCCAAAGUCCCCUCCCUAGGGGAACCCCUUUCCCCUCCGAGUAACUCCUUGUCCCCCUGGUUUGAAGGCCGGUGGCCGGGGCAGUGGGUUUCUGUGGCCGGGCGGGAUUCCUGGGGCACAGCGGGGUGCUCAGUGGGUUGGCUGGGGAGCCGGGGGUGGGCAGCGCGGUCCAGAGCCCCACCUGGCCGUGCCCUGGCGACCUGAUGCCCCCCUGUCUGCCCUCCGUCCGCAGCCGGGCGCCGGGACGAUGGUGGACCACCUGGCCAACACGGAGGUCAACGCGCAGCGCAUCGCCGCCGUGGAGAGCUGCUUCGGCGCGUCGGGCCAGCCGCUGGCGCUGCCGGGCCGGGUGCUGCUGGGCGAGGGUGUGCUCACCAAGGAGUGCCGCAAGAAGCACAAGCCGCGCGUCUUCUUCCUCUUCAACGACAUCCUGGUGUACGGCAGCAUCGUGCUCAGCAAGCGCAAGUACCGCGGCCAGCGCAUCGUGCCGCUGGAGGAGGUGACGCUCGAGCCGCUGCCGGAGACGCUGCAGGCCAGGAACCGCUGGCUGAUCCGCACGGCCAGGAAGUCCUUCGUGGUGUCCGCCGCGUCCGCCGCGGAGCGCCAGGAGUGGAUGGGCCACAUCGAGGAGUGCGCGCGGCGGCGGCUGCUGGCCACGGGGCGCCCGCGCGCCACGGAGCACGCGGCGCCCUGGGUGCCCGACAAGGCGACCGACAUCUGCAUGCGCUGCACGCAGACGCGCUUCUCGGCGCUCACGCGGCGCCACCACUGCCGCCAGUGCGGCUUCGUGGUGUGUGCGGGGUGCUCGCGCGCGCGCUUCCUGCUGCCGCGCCUGUCGCCCAAGCCCCUGCGCGUCUGCAGCCUGUGCUACCGCGACCUGGCGGCGCAGGAGCGGAGGGAGGAGGCCGAGGUGGAGGCCGGCCGGGAGGGGCAGCACCCGGGCCAGGGGUCCCCGGCGGCGCAGCCGGACGGCCCGGCCGGGGCCGCGUGCGCAGCGUCCAGCGGAGACUACGACUCGGACGACGACGACUCGGACGAGGAGCGCGAGGGCGGCGGGGACGCGGACUGGCCCGGCCGCGUGCAGUUCUACGCCGAGGGCGUGUCCUGGUCCGCCUUCCACAGCUGACGCGGGCCGUGGGCAGCUCCAGGAGCGCGGGGCCCGCAGGUGCCCGGGGGGACCUGCCGCAGCAGCCGUGGGUGCCUCUUACCCCCAACCCUGGAUUCCAAGUGCCUUUUUGCUGGACACCUGCGGCCUUCUGGUAAUUCCACUUCAGACAAUGAAUGACCUCCCCGGUUUGCAAGCCCCAACUCACUCCGGCUUCUUGGGGACAAACAAGUGAGUGCCCGUUUCUGGGCGCUACUGGCUGCAGCUGCAGAAAACCCUUUGAAUGAGGGUGUUUGGGGACCCCACCCUGCCCCCCUCCCCACGAGCACGCCCGUGGGACAGCAGGGGUCCGGGAAGCCAAGGCCGGCCGGGCCCUGCCAGUCCGGGCACAUGGGCACCCCUCAGCCAGGCAGGACACAGCUGAGCCUCGGGGUCCAGGGGCUGCAGCCUGGCCUCCAGGGAGGCCUCCGCCCCCUUCCCUCCCUCCAGGUGUCCAAAUGCCCCAGGUCUCUCUCCAUCCUGCCCUCCUCUCUCCCCUCGGCCAGCCAGCGAAACCAGCGUUCUCUGUGAGGACUCUCGGGGGCAGGGACAGAAGCCCGACCCAGGCCGGCCUCAUAAUAAAAAGGAAAGUGUA